AUGAAGUUUUCUACUUUGAGCCCGGCCCUGCUGGGACUGGUUCUCUCCGUCCAGGCUUAUUCUGUGGAGUAUACUACUGAGACGGGAUAUUUUCUGCAAGAUGAGAGGUCGACUGAUGCGUCGACGUUUGACUAUACGGCCGUCAACUUCGGUCUCAUCAACCGAACCUACCCCGCAGAUAGCCACCUGAAGAAGCACCGCAACUAUACCCAAUGGGAACGCUUCUACCAUCAAGUUCAGAAACUGAACGAGGACUCGCCCAAGAGCGUCGAAUACAAAGUCCUCUUUCUUGGCCGCCAUGGUGAGGGAUACCACAAUGCCGCCGAGACCUUCUACGGUACCCCCGCCUGGAAUUGCUACUGGGCUGAACUAGACGGCAACAGCACGGCAACCUGGAAAGACGCAACCCUCACAUCAGCCGGCAUCGCCCAAGCCCUAAAAGCAAAUACCUUCUGGCAAAAGGAAAUCACCGAACAACGAAUCCACACACCAGACAACUACUUCGUCAGCCCUUUGACACGAACCCUCCAAACAGCCAACUACACCUUCACCGGGCUAAACCUACCCGACGGCAGCGCCGAUUUCAAACCCCUAAUCAAAGAACUCUUCCGCGAAGGAAUCAGCAUCCACACCUGCGACCACCGACGUAGCAAGAGCCACAUCACCAACCUCUUCCCCGACUGGCCAAUCGAAAACGGCUUCAGCGAAGAAGACGAGCUGUGGAACGGCGUGACGGCCGAAACGAGCAGUGCACAAGACGUGCGGAGCUCGACGGCACUGAGUCAGGUGUUUUUCACCUCAGCUUCGAGCAAGAAGGAGGCAUUUGUAUCGGUGACGUCGCAUUCGGGCGAGAUCUCGUCCAUCCUGCGUGUUGUGGGGCAUCGGGCGUUUAGUUUGAGUACCGGGGCCGUGAUUCCGGUUCUUGUGCGGGCGGAGAGGAAGGGAAGGGGUCAAAAGCCGGUGGCUUCUUCGUCGAUUGCUUGGACGGCUAGUGCGCAUUGUACAGCGCCACCAGUUACGUCUGUUUCGGCUUGUGUUUGUCCGUCGAGUGCGGUGCCUGUUACGACACCUCUUGUGACGGAUUUAUAA